AGGUGCCGUCUGUCAACUAGGAGGAGUUGGCGCACUUUAUUUCUACGUGCCAAUAGAGUAAUAAGUAGUUUAGGAAGUGCCACCACGACAGUAUAAGAAUGUCUACCCUACGCUGCUACGCCGAUGAGAGUUGCGCUCGUCUCGCACCGCAGAAGCACAGCAGAGCUGCUCAAACCGGUAAAGCCGAGAGCGAGUGAGGGCGUAUCUCAGCGGAGGCAUCCAAUUAUAAUUUCUGCCGAUCCUGACCCUGAGGCGGCAGCCCAUCUGAGUGUGAAUCUAAUCUCGACCUUCUUGCAGCUCUCGACCUCCUUGCUGCAGCAGCGCCUAGAGUUUGGUCCUCUCUAUCAUUAAGGGUGGUCGUAGUUUUUUCCUUCUUUUGUCCUCAAUGAAAUACUUUAAGGUGGAGUACUACAGGGCUAAUUAGUAGUGUUCGUUGACUUUCAUUUCGUUUUUCAUGAUCUUGUCCCCCAUAACUCUAGACUUGGGGAAGGCCGAGAAAUGCCGGCCAAAACAAGCAAGAAUAACAGCAACAAGUAUAACUUUCAUCUUCCUGCCAUUUGGUUGCAUUUUUGACCGUACCCCGUGAAUGGGUAACCUUCUUACCCUUGCGUUUGUGCCUACCCUUUCACCCUCCUAAAGCCCUUAAAUUUGCACCUACAACUUCUACUAUUAACUUCUACCUACUACUAAUCAUCGGCUUCGGCACAGCACUACUAUGAUAUUAUUACAAUUUAUUACUACGAAUUUACUACCGACGAAGUACUUACUAAUAAAUGAUCAUGGGCACUACACUACUACUAAUACUACUAACUUACUACCUACUACUAAUCAUGGGUACACUACUACUAAUACUACUAACUACCUAGCACUACAGUAGUGCUAAUCAUGGGUACAACGCCACUCCUAUUACUAGUACUACUCCUCCCACUACUAAUACUAACAGGAAUAUUAACAGCAAUAGUCUAGCUCUAAGAAGUCAGCUACGUCCAUUCUGCGAAGUCCGAAGAGCCAGAAGAUGCAGUGCCCAGAGGUGUGGCAGGGCCAAAGGUGGCAGGUGAAGCUGGCAGGCGAGUGGCGGGACUUCUCGGAGAAUGAAUUAAGAGCAUGCUGUGUAGGAUGAAUGAGAUUACUCUAUUAGCCCGAAACAUAACAAGGAGCGCAGCAGGAAACUGCCGUCCUCUGCUGCUCUCUACAGAGAAUAUUUGAGUUAAGACAGGGCUUCUGUCGUCCUAUCACUAUCCUCUCUAGAAGAAAAUCGUGAGUGCAGGAGUAGAGAAAACUAUGGCGCAACUACUCCUCAGAUGUCGUCCAUCUCUACUAGAGGGCUCAAUAGUUGUUAUCAAAUUCUACGCACUUUCAGAAGCCUUGCGUAGUUGUCAAUAGCAAACUACAAUUAAUAUCCAGCAUGAUCCUGUAGUACUAGUAGCUGUCGUAGCAAAUUCUCCGUCUUCAGUAGAUCUAGACUCAGAAGCAUUCAUUGUAGACCUAUCUUCAGUAGAUUUAUCUUCGGUAGAUCUAGACUCGUAUUGAUUCUACAAGGAGGCGUCGAGAUGAAGAGGAAAAUCUGAAGGACGGAUGGGAAGCCACCAUCUAAGCCAAGACCUAUUAAUAAAGCGAGCUUUCGAGGCCCGUCAGAGCGAGUGCACUUUCAUCGCGAGAGGUCAAGCUUAUUGUUAAGGAAACUAUUGCCCGUUGAUGUCGUUAAGAAAACUAUUGUUAUGCGCUUGUCCCUUGUCGUUAAGAAAGCAUAGACAUUGUUAUAAGAAAAAUUAAAAUUUUGUAAAAUAGAAAUAUUGAUAUUAUUGUUUAGUGACCAAUCGAUCCUGAUUCAACACCAGGUGGUCGUGAAGACAAUUGAUAAUUUAUGGACUCAAACUAAGACUACCUUUUAUUUUCAUCACAUUUAUUGACCCAUCGAUAUGGAUCAUUACUUAGCACUGACUUCAUCAAUAUGGAUAACAUUACCCAUCUCUAGUACAACCUACCCUCAUUUCUUUAUCAUCUACUGGCGAGACAGCCAAUCUUUAAUAGUAUAUCGAUUUUCAGCGCAUGGUGCAAAAAAACACGAAGACUCCACCUUUCAAGACACGGCCAAUCCGACAUGUUAGCCUUGUGCGAAAACAGUACUGCAUGCAUAUCCAUAUGUCCCUGCACUAGGACUAGCGUCCCUGUAGUAGGAAUAGCAUUUGUUUUUCUUACAACAGGAGUAACUAGGACUAGCAUUUGUUAUUCUUACAACAUACAGACUGAUCCGGUGCUCAAUGCGCAGGGCUGAGGCGGAAACCUCUCUAAGUCUAAAUCUAUAAGACUAUUGUCUUCUGAGUGAUAUGAUUUGAUAGUGAUACUCGUGAGCAUUUCUUACAGUUUCUUUGUAUUUUUUACAGAUUAUUAUUAUGAUUUUUUGGGUGGUACUGAGACAGUACUCACAUCUUUUUAUUUCAUCUUGGAAAAAAUAAAAAGGUAAGUAUAACUAUAAAUUUUGAGUAGUAUUACUACUUUUUGCUCAAUAUUAUCGGAGGGUAGAUCGAUGUGUGAGAAUUCGUGCUGUUCUUGCUGACUAAGAUGUAGCAGGUAGCGACUUUCAAUCCAAAACUCAUUACACGGCUAGUUGCUAGCAUUACUUUAUCUUCUACUUCUCCUCAAUAACAAUAGGGGGCUUCCUUCUCCUCUAUCGGGUAGGUACUUUCUUCUCCUCAAUAGGGUGCUCCCUUCUCCUCUAUCGGGUAGGUACUUUCUUCUCCUCAAUAGGGUGCUCCCUUCUCCUCUAUCGGGUAGGUACUUUCUUCUCCUCAAUAGGGUGCUCCCUUCUCCUCUAUCGGGUAGGUACUUUCUUCUCCUCAACAGGGUGCUUCCUUCUACUCCUCACUAGGGCGCUGAACGACGAGCCAGAGCCGGAUGUAGAGCAGGCGCCGAAUCCUUUCCGGCCAACCGGCGCUCCGGGACCGCCCAAACGGUCGCCAUCGCUCGGUUACUUUCGACCAACAAUUACGAUCUACGAGGGCUACGCUGUAUUGUUGAACAAGUAGAAAGAACGUUCUAUUUCUAAUCAAGUAGAAAGAACGUUCUAUUUUUAAACAAGUAGAAAGAACGUUCUACUUCUAGUAUAAUUAAAGAUAUGACAACGUCGAUCAAGAAAGUGUCUAAAUAGUAGCGCUAGGUCGAUCAUAUCUCUUUCAGUCUGUCAUGAGUUAUCAACGAUUCCUCAUCAGUUUAGUUUUGUUGCUGCUCAUUCUUGAGACAGAAGGGAUAUUCUGAUGUUGCAUUGAGCUUACGUAUUUUUAGGAUGUGCAGGCUUUUUCGGAACCUCCAUUCGUAUCUAUCUCAUUGCGAUUCCCAUGGGCCAUGAUCUGACGUUGGUAAUUAGCGACAUUUGUAGUAGUAACUCUAAGAUAUAUCAAGAGGCAAGCCCUUCACCUGGAGCCGCUGAAUCAAGUCCAAAGACGCAAGAGCGGGAGAAAGCUCCAUCCCCUACCAAGCCGCCUCCUGCAGUCCCGACAAGCAACAGCCGCCCUCCAUCCUUAUGCUUAUGUCUAGAAGAAGGCUUUGGGUCGCGCCGUCGAGUCGCCGUCAGAGUCGCCCUUAGGUGUCCUCGUAGUUUCUUCGUUGUAGUGCCACUUCCAGCAAAUCAAUGGCAAUGUAUGCGUACAUUCAUUCUAAGAGUUUCUUCUUCGGCAGGGCAACUCUCCGUGACGGUACAGACGCUUACGGGUAAGAGUGUGGCGCUAUCCGGAAUUUCUGCGGACAUGACAUUAAGAAAAACUAUGUAAAUGAGAGCUACCCUUUUUUUGAAAUUGUGCUGACGUUCCUGAAGAACUUUGACUUUGACAGAUGAUGAUUCAUGUUCCUAAGUGAUCAGUGAAAAGCCUAGUCCUAGACUUUAGGCUUUAUUUUUUUGACAGAUGAUUGGGUUGUAUCAUGAGUACGUAGAAUCAUAACUAAAAGAAACAGGAGUAGGACCCACACCCACACAGCAAGUGAAGACGUCUUGUCUGACUCUUUGAGGGGACUUGAUGACAUUCAUUAUGAGACUUUUUCUGGAUUAAUAAGAUGGCGCUGAGGAAUACGAAUAUGAUGCAGAAGAUUCGAUGUUGACUCCAGUCCUGACAUCUGUUCUAAUGAGGGUCAUCGAAUUGAAGCGAAGGCUGGAGGGGACAGAGCAAAUUGCAGCGGGGCAGCAACGUUUAGUCUAUUUAAGGCCUCAAGUAAUCCAUCUGUCAGUUCAUCUGUAACCUUUUCUCACGUACGUAGAAUAAAACUGGACACAGAUCAUGGGGCCCAGGAUGCAGAUGGAUUGUAGUGACUUCUAAUCUACGCAGGACGCCAAAUGGAGGACAGCAAAACGCUCGCGGACUACUCAGUGCGCUCUGGCGGCGUUAUUACACUGCUUCUGAAGCUGUAGCAGGCGGGACAGGGAGCCCAUGAUCAUUUGAAAGAGAUGAACUAAUAGAAGAACGAUAGUAAUAGAAGCAUAACCAUGUUAAUACUUGGGACACUGUACAACUAGUUGUAGCACGCGGGGAAGGGAGUGAGCUUUUUUCUUUGGAGUAGAGAUCACUCGUCGUCGCCGGCGCGCUCUGAUGGCAUCAUCACGGUGCGAGCAGCUGCAUAUUUGAAGAUAUUUCAGUGCAGAAGUCAAACGCAACUCCCGUUGUCCCUUUCCCAUAUGCGCCCAUCUUCUCACCAGGAAGAGGCACACAACCCCGGCAAUACUUUCCAUUGAAAAUGAUGCGUAGUAAGCAUCCAUUUCUUGUUGACAUGAGACACGCACAUGGACUGGAGUCUCGACGACGUCCACCUUUGUAGCAUGGACGAAGAUGAAUGUGAUUAAGAUAAUCAGCAGCAGGGACCCCUGAGUGGACACACGCGGCACCUAGAAUAGAUGGAUCCUAAUUAGCGUGGCCAUUAAAUUAAUCUAAUUCUAAGCGCCUUCUUUUAUAUCUACAUGCCUUCCUUUAUUUACUUUUCGUAGUUAGGUUGGCUCCACCCCUACUAUCAGCAGGAGCAGAGUGAGAAUGAGGUGUCCAAGAUCAGCGUCCUUCGCUGGGUUUCGUUCUCUUCAAGAUACAGAGGCUAAGUCUUCUGGACUGGUUGGCAGACUCGUUCAAUGAGCUCUCGACCCGGCGAAAAAGAACCACCACACGAAGCACAGAGCGAGUACCUGAAAACGGCGAAGGGCCACCUGUUGACGAUUUCAUUCCACAGCACUAUUAGUCUGUCCUUCUUCGUUGUGUUUCUGCUCUUGGAUUGCCUUUUUGUGGCUUUGCUUUGUCGUUUGGCGUUCCCGUUGUCUUUGAGAGCUUAGACGAGUAACAAGAGAGAGAGACUCUUUUUAGCGUGCUUUGUGGCUUGGGGCUGGACGCGAUCUUUAGCAGGGCUGGACAUGGUGAGCGCGUGGUGGCUUGGGGCUAGACGCGAUCUUUAGCAGGGCUGGACAUGCUGAGCCGGUUCCCUUGGUCUUGUCAAGCGCAGCGGGCUGCUGGGGAUGCGAGCACCCGCCCCCCCCGUGUCCCGCCAUUAUGGGGGCUGGGUGUGGUAGGUACGCCAAGGGCUGUAGCUGCAUCUGUCGGGCUUUAUUCGUUAUUUUCAACCUUAAGCUUCUUGAUAUUGAUUCGGUUUCAAGCUCGUCCCGUCCCUGUCUCUUAUGAGAAGCCUGCCAGCACUGAAACUGAUAGGGCGACGCCACUUGAUGCACUGACCCAUUCUACUCGGCAAGUUGGGCAAGAUUCUCCGGCCACUAGGACUCACUUGUCGUGAGGAUUAUUUUUACUGGAAUUUGCUAUGUU